CUGAUUUUAAACGGGUCAGUUCUUUCUUCUAAGAAUUGCAGGUUUUUUUCUUUGUGGGAGACGAGUUAUUUUUACAAGCGGAAGCAUAGAAAUUUGGCAUCCUUCGUCGAAAUCGUGUUUGAAUUCUUCUCGUUCAGCAUCUUCAAACACGGUGAAACCCUUAAUUCGCGUAAUCGGGCGGCUCGCCCCUUGAUUAGCUCCAGCUUUGGCGUCGGUCCCUUCUAGUUUCCUCGCCGCCUCCGUCCGAGGGACGUUACGGCAACAAGCAUCCUCAAUGAAAAAGGAAGGUAAGGGUUUGGAGAAAACUAUAAGAAGGUCAAGCCUGAACUCAUUGUGAUGAGUAAGACAGGGGAUAAAAUCAUCCAAACUUGACUAACGACUUCCAUUGAACACCCGCAGAGGUAGCCCCUUCACAAUGAACCAACCAGUUUGCGCAAUUGAGUGAAAUUCCUAAUUUCCGAGAAGUUCCUACAUAGUAAAACCUAUGUUUGAUGUGUGAUCCAAAGUAUUACUUUCAUGAUGCCGUAUUGAGGAAAAAUGGUUUCUUAAAUGAACGAGGGGCUCAGCUAUUAAUUUUUGAAUAUAAUUGUAUUUGAAAGAAUAUGUCAAGGGGUCAGCCUCAGCCAAGAACUCAAUUCGCCAGAAGGAUACUCGAAAGAUGCCAAAACAGUGGAAAUACUGAAGAAACAAUCAUCAUUGAUGAUGAUACAGAAAAUGCCGAUGUUGUUCUAAUUGACAAUCCAAAUAUUUCUCAUCAGGGAGUAAAACAUGCAAAGAAAACAAGAUUAAACUGCUCACCUAGAGGUGUGAUUUAUAUUGAUGACGAAAAAGAGAAUCCUAGAAAUUCAUCAACUGACACUAAUACAAGCAAUCAAUUUACUGAAACUUUCUGCAGCUUAUCAUUGUCUGAAAGCUCAGACACUGAUGAAUUUCACAUGUGUGUUGGAAAUGGAAAUGCCUGCUGUGAUCAUACUGGUCCUUCCAGAAGCCGUUAUGGCUUGGAUCUUGAUUCAGAGAACAGCAUGACUGAAAGUAUUACUAUAAAAUCAAACACCAAUGAAUGCGAUGAAUCUGAGUGGAGCAGCUCUGAUUGUGUGAUAAUGGAAGAUCAUUCUGGAAUUAUUCGCGAACAGUGGGAAAAGGCUGCAUUGAGGAAGAAGGGAGGGGGGCAAUUUGCUUCUUCCGAUCAGGCUACCAUGCCUCACUCAACUUUUUAUACUGAAGAUCCAUCCCAUGCGCCAACCCUAGAUGAUGCUGAUGUUGCAAAUUGUUUUGAAAGAAUGCCAUCUAAUUAUUUUGAAGAAAUGUUUGCUCAAUGCGGUACAAGAUUUACAAACAAUGCUGAGCAGCGCCCCUCAGCCAAUGUACUUUGUACUGAUGGAAAUGAAGAUUUUUAUCUAAAUACUGCAGUUAACGUCUCUGUUACACAAUCAUACUCCAGUAGUCACAUUCCUUGUAAAGGACCAGGUAAAAGGAGGGAUGAAGACGAGUCAAAUCUAGAAGAGCAACCACAAACAGCUCACUCAAUGAAUGAUGGUCUUAGUUUUCUCAAUAAGGAUGCACGAGAGCCUGUGAAAACUUCUUUAUUUACGUGUGAAAGCCAUGGCAAGUCAGGGUUCUUUGAUAAAGAGGAACCUUCUACUACAACAUCCCAUGCUUUUGGUAAAUUGGAUGGGAAGCAGGUGUCAAAUGACAAUGAUCUCAGUCCAGACAGAGUGGAACAUAAACUUGAUGAACGAGAAGCUUCAGACUUUAAAGAGAGCCUAAAGAUAGAUUUUGAAGAGUCUUCGUCAAUUUGUAGUCAACUGCAUGAAGUAGCACCGAUCAAAGCCCCCUUCUGUGGUCAUAUGGAUUCUAAAAUGAAAAGCAAAGUAGAUGCAUUGUUUGCAACAACUGAUGUGGGACUGACUGCAUACAAACCUGAUGAUAUGCCUCAUGGCUAUGAGAGUUUAAUUGGUGAACGUGAAAGGUAUAAGGAAACAGAUGAGUAUAGACGAGUUGCAGAAGAGGAAUGGGCAUCAAGGCAUCGGCAGUUGCAGAUUCAGGCAGAAGAAGCACAAAGAUUGCGCAAGAGAAGAAAGGCUGAAAAUAUGCGAUUGCUUGACAUGGAGAAGAGGCAGAAGCAACGUCUUGAAGAAAUUAGAGACCUGCAGAAAAAGGAUGAGGAAACCACAAAAUUAAAAGAAAGAAUUCGUACUGAGGUAAGAAAAGAGCUUGAGGCAUUGGAAAUGAAGUGCAGGGACAUGGCUUCAGUACUACGUGCUUUAGGGGUUCAUGUUAAAGGUGGCUUUAUUCCCACGGUUCAUGAGAUUAAUGCUGCGUAUAAGCAAGCAUUACUUAGAUUUCAUCCAGAUCGAGCUUCCAGAACUGACAUUCGCCAGCAGGUGGAAGCCGAGGAGAAAUUCAAGUUGAUAUCUCGUUUGAAGGAGAAGCUGUUAUUCUAGUUUAACAGUGUUUUAGGUUGCUUAAAAGUCUCAAAAUAUAUUUUAUUGAUUCAUUCCAACUACCGUAGUAAAUAGUUUACGGACUGGUAGAGAUGUGGGACAAAAUUUUUAUAAGGAAUUCAUUGAAUAUAAUGUGACAAAUCCCAACGCAUACAAAAAAAAAUUUUGGGAAGGUAGGAGCUUCACUAGGAGUGGUUUGUCACUUCUCAUGUAAAAAAUCUCUUGUAGAAUGCUCUGGAGUUUUAU